UCUCAGGCCGCUGUGUGCUGAUUGUAGCAAGUGAAAAAAUAUUAAAAUGGCUACAUCUAGUGAAGAGGAGACUUGUGUUUUUUGUAAAAUAGUACGUGAGAAAACUGCAGUUUUCUUCUAUGAGAAUGAGGGUUUUAUAGCCUUUAAAGAUAAGAAACCAGCUGCUGCUCAUCAUUAUCUGAUCAUACCAAAAAAGCAUGUGAAGAAUCCAUCUACAUUACAACCAUCAGAUCUUGAACUUGUGAAGCAGCUGUUUAGUAUUGGGAAAGAAGUUCUUCAAAGACAAAAUGCCAGUACAGAUGAUGCUCGGUUUGGAUUCCAUUGGCCUCCAUUCAACUCAAUACAGCACCUGCAUAUGCAUGCCAUAUCGCCAGCAAGUAGUAUGGGCUUUGUCUCAAAGUUGAUAUUUAAGCCUGAUACUUACUGGUUUGUAUCAGCUGCAAGUUUAGUUGAGAAAUUGGAAAAGAAGAUCAGUGAAACAUAAAGUUCAUGACUGAAAUUACUCAUUCACCAGUCUACUUAAUGUGAGAUUCAGUAUAUAAAUGUUGUGAUAUUUAAAUAAACUUUAUACAUUUUUCUGAAAUUGAAACUACUUUAAAUUUUCCAAUUUCAUGUAUAUUUUGCUAUAUUUUUCAUGCAUUGAGGCUGUCAUUAAGUUAACAAUUUUAAAUACUUCCACAUUACAUGUGUCUUUUAAAAUUUUGCCUUCAAACAAAGCUUUGGGCAUCUGAAAUGAACUGCAUUUAUUUUCAUUGAUGUAAUUUUUAUUUACUUGAAAAAGGAAUUAUAUUUCAUCUAUUAUAUUUAUGAUAUGAAAGAACUAAAAAUUAAAAUUCCUAAAUUUGUGACGAAGCAGUUUUGUUCCUAUACAUCUAAAAUGGACCUUGUGAAAUGUCGAAGCCUAGUCAUAAGUGUUUGUCAGUUUCGUUUAAAAAAGUUUUUAAAUUAAAAAUGAAUUUGUUUUAUAUAACCAUUCAAACAUAAUGACAUUUUUUAUGAAUGAAUAAGCACAACUUAUUCCUUCAACUAGAAUGUCUUAACUAAUUAUGUCUUGCAUUCAAUACUAUGGGGGGGGGGGGGGGACUUGUCUUGCUCAAAAUUUUGAUUUUCCAGAUUACUUUUAUUUUAUUUUAAAUUAUAGUGUUUUAUAUGUUUAAUUUAUUACUGUGCAACUUUUCUAUCAACUCAAACAAUUGCUACAUGCCUGUUUGCUUUUCUCAUUUGACUGUUUCUUCCCCUUAAGCCCUUAAAAAGAGCUUGUGAAUAAUGGGUUCUUCCCAGUCUCUUAUGACAUUAAAAACUUUUUCAUACAUCAUCAUAGAUUUUUUAAAAAAAGCUUUAUUUGUAAUUUUUGCAGUUUUGUUUAAAUUUAAUUUAAAGAAAAUAUUUUUAAUUCAAAGUAUUAUGUCAAUGUGUAACUCAAAAUGCUGUAAGGUUUUAUUGAUGUCAUGAUAUAUUGUAGAGAUUUUUAAAGUAUUGGAAAGGAUUGUGUUCAGAUACCAUGCAUGUGAAUUGCAAUUAUAUGUUCUACGUGUCUAUAUCCGUACAUACGUCUAAGUAUAUGGUUCAGUUAUAAUGUUCAGUGCAUAUUAAACUGUUUCAGAAGUGUUUGGAUGUAAAUCUAUAUCAUAUAUUUGCUAUUUCACGUGGUUUCAGGUAGGGUCAGUAUGUGCAGCUUAUAUAUUUGAAUUUUCAUCGCCCAUGCUUUCUGAGAGAGAUUUAUUUAUUUUAUUUUUUUGCUUUAUACUUUCAUAAUUUAUUAUUUUUGAUUUCAAUUAUUCAAAAAUCUGAGAAAAAAUCUAAAAAGCAAUUCAGCUCAGUAAGAAAUUUUUUGCAGUUUGUUCUUAGCGUUAAUUCAAAAGUAUAUUGUUAUCAGUUAUGAGUUUGCAAUAUACUAGUAUUCAUAGUUCAUUUAUGAUUGUACUGAAAUAAUUGAUAAACAAUAUGUUGGCCUUUAUACAUGAGAAAUUAUUUUUGAACAGUUUAUAGCAAAUGUGAUAAUAUUCCAUAUUUUGAAAUGAAAUUAUGGUAGAUAAAAAUUUAUUAAACAGUACUUUAGUUUGGUAGUUUUUCCAGAAAGCAUAUGCUGAAUAAUAAUAAACUUGACUAGUCUAUCAGAAAAAGUAUUGAGUGAAAUUUUCAGCUAAAUGAAAAAAUUUUGAAAAGAGGGUUUUUCAAAACACUUAUUUUUAAGAAAAAGGUUUUUAUUUUUCUCAUCCUCUAAGGCAUAAACUAAUUUCUGUUUUAAGCAUGUUUGUAUUAUAAAUUAUUAUAAAACUUUAAACUAACAUUAAAAAAAAAAAUCUUGUAGAUACAAUUUUUGCUAUUACUUGCACUUAAUUCACUUAUCUUGCCUAUAUUUUACUUUAGCAUUGUUUAUUUUAAUAACUAAGCAAAAUAUUUUUACUCUAGUUUUUGCCUUAUCAAGCCAAAAAAAAUCUGGCUAUUUUCUAUUAAAUACUAUUGUGUGAUCAAAAUUUUCUGAUUUUUUUUCCCCAAUUGAUUUUAAUGCCUGCCCUUUUUUUCUGGUUUCUGCUAAUUGAUGCUCAAUGACUGGUACAUUCCAUUAACAUUUUAUAAUCGGGACAGAUGAAACCUAUUUCCAUUUGGGGCAUAAUUGAGGGAUGCUUUCCCCUUUGAAGUUACAGUGCUAAUGUUCCAUAAUGAACACAGCACACAGUCUGAGGGGAUAAACCUGAUGUCAUCAAAAAAGUAUGAACACAUGUUUAAAAAAACUACAGUUUUUCCCUUGUCGACAAGUGCCAAAGCAGAGUUGAUUGCCAUGUAACAAUUUUUUGUUUGUUUUGAAAGAGCGUAUGUCAUGAAAAGGUGGGAAAUUUUGUCAAGAAAGUUUGUGUAGAAAAACUGGAUUCUAGCCUCAUAUUUUCAGAACAAAAACAUUAGGAUACUUGGUAUCCCAGCUGUGAGAAAAAGAUAUAGAUGUUAUGAAUUAAUCUUGUAAACCGAAAAUCAGUGAAUCUGAUGUUCCAAGCAAACAACUUGAGUAUUUUAACUCCCAAGUCCAAAAUAUAAAUGCAUUUAAUAGUAUUCAUAUGUACAAUGUAAAAAUAUUGCAUAUCUAAUGAAAUGUGCAAUUACUUUGGCAUCUAAAAUAUUUAUUUAUACAUAUGUUUUACAAGUGUUUUGAAUAAAGUCUAUGUUAUUGGAGUUUUAUAUGUAAAUGUUCGCAAAAGUUUUGCAUGUUUUACUGAUACAUGAACUAAAUGGUGCAAUAUCAAUUUAUAUGAGUUCAUGAAUUACUGUUUUAAAUAUAUUGUUUUAUAAGUGGUAGUUUAAUUCUCUUCCAAAUUUCAAAUUAUACCCACCUUCUUCUUGCUUUUUGAUAUGUGGUAUUGCCUAUGUUAUUGCAACAUAAAUAAAUUACAUUUACGCAUAAUUAGCAUUGAUUUUCUCUCCUGAAAAAGUGCAACAACUGACAAUAUAUUUAUCAAUAGUAAUAAUAUGGAUAAGUUAUAAUUUAAAAAAAAAAAAAACAAUGUUAUGAGUAAAAAUUUUUGAAAAUAUUUACAUAUUGAUGUAUUUUAUAAAUGUAUAUUUGGAAAUUAAAG